CUCGUGUCCAGCGCAACUCCAGUACUCUACAGCAGCGGCUCUGCGGCGGCGUGGCUUGGGAGAUGGGAUAUUGACUGCGAGUUAUUUCACCGUUUCUACACAGAGGCGGUUCAAAGGCAAUGGUGAACAUCGCCAAACACUGAUGAUAUCCUGCCAUGGCUGGACUCCUCUGCUUUCCUCUCCUCCUCCUCUUACUCUCUCGCUCCAUCCUGUCCCAUGUCCCUUUGCGCUGGACUGUGGCGGCCUCUCAGGACCCCUGCGAUGAUGGGCAAGGAGGGCCGAACCACUGCCUGCCUGAAUUCAUCAACGCGGCCUUCGGGAGACCAGUUGAGACCCGUGGAGAGGAACAAGGAAUCUCUGAAAAUGUCACGUCGCUUACCGACCUGAACAACCCUCACAACCUGACCUGCGUCCACAGGCGAACAAACCAAGACCACACCCUGACCAUCUCCCUGGGGCGCAGAUUUGAGUUGACUUACAUCAGCCUGCAGUUCUGCUCUGGGUUGCAGAACUUUAUCUGGUCCGUCUCCAUUCUCAAGUCCAUGGAUUUUGGCAAAACCUGGAGACCUUUUCAGUUCUACUCCCCUCACUGUCUGGCCCAGUUUGGUCGCCCGGCUCGGACAGUGGUCCCAUCAAGGACCCAAGAAAGCGAAGCCCUGUGUUCGGACCCCAGGCCCCUGCAGCAGCACAGAGGAGGGAUGGUCCUGGCUUUCGCAACCUUAGAUGGGCGACCCUCUGCCUCAGAUUACGACUUCAGUUCCAUUCUACAGGACUGGGCCACUGCUACCGAUAUCAGGAUCGUUUUCCACAAGGUCUCAGAAUCCCCAGGUGGAAUGGGGGUUCGGCUUCGGGACACAGAGGCGGAGUCUAGCAAAAGGGAGGGGCUGGGUGGAAAGAGGCGAGCCUCCAGGAGAGGAGAUGGGGUGAAAUUUGGAGGUAAAGAGAAGAUGAAGAAUUCAAUUGAUUUUCUUGAUGGAGUGGAGGAGCUUGGGAACAGGAAGUCAAGCGGAAUUAGGAAGGGUUUGAAAAGGGCAGAGGCGGGACUUGAAGAGACUCCAAGAAGGAGGAACAAGAAAACAGCCACCAGAGGUGAUGCUGCAGAGAUGUCAGUGCCGGGCACCCCCUGGCUGUCCAUCUCCGAUGUGCAGGUGGGGGGGCGGUGUAAGUGUAACGGGCACGCCUCACGCUGCAGGCGGGAUCCCGAAGGUGGGGCAGUGUGCGAGUGUCGACACAACACGGCCGGCCCCGACUGUGAUGUCUGCAAACCGUUCUACUGCGACCGUCCCUGGCAAAGAGCCAGCCCCAGACAACCACACCACUGCGUCUCCUGUCAGUGUAACCUCCACUCCACUAGGUGUCGCUUCAACAUGGAGUUGUACAAGCUCUCAGGCCGGAGAAGUGGGGGUGUGUGUCUGGGCUGCCGUCACAACAUGGCUGGGCGACACUGUCACUACUGUAAAGAAGGCUUCACUCGAGACCAAACCAAACCACUCACUCACCGCAAGGCCUGCAAACCUUGCUCGUGUCACCCAGUGGGUGCUUUGGAGAAGGGGUGUAACCAGACCUCGGGACAGUGUCACUGCCGAGACGGGGUGACGGGACUGACCUGUAACCGCUGCGCCCCAGGAUACCAGCAGAGCCGAUCCCCACUGAGACCCUGCAUACGAAUCGAGGAAAUAGUCACAACUACUCCAGCCUACCCACCUCAACACAGCCUGGGAGGCGAGUGUGGCUCCUACUGCCAGCCGACUCACGGGAGAGUGAGGAUGAACCUGAGGACCUAUUGUCAGAAAGACUACGUGCUGAGGGUGCAAGUGCAAGCUAUGGUGCGCUCUGGUCCCUGGUGGCACUUCUCUGUGUCUGUGCUGUCGGUGUUCCGCCGCGGGACGCCUGGAAUUCGGAAGGGGGUUCAGGCAGUGUGGGUGCCUGAGCGGGACCUGGCUUGUGGCUGCCCCCCAUUGCAGGUGGGUCGCACCUACCUGCUGAUCAGCUCCGAGAUCGGGCCAGAUGAAAAGCGUGUUGUAGCCGACCGGACGUCACUGGCACUGCCCUGGAGGGACCACUGGAGCCCCAAACUGAGAGGCUUCAGGACCCAGGACAGGCAGGGCCGAUGCAGGGCUGCGGGACCCCACAACCCCAGAACACGACCCACUGAACCCCCAAACUAACACUGCUGUGGGGUGACCCCCAGAGUCACAGAAGAUACUUCAGAAAAUUUAUAUUAAACAGACACUGAGAGAGAGAGAGACUUUAUACAGGUGUACAAGAUAUUGUAGCCAACUCCAUAGAUCUUACCUGUUGUUCAGAUCUGUUCAACUGUGUAGUUUUGAAAAAAAACAAGUGUUAUAAAAGACAGUAUCUGGUAAGUUAGAUAAACCUCUGUUUGCAAACCAUAGUAUUGCGCUUCCUAGGCUGUUCCAUAGCUUCUUUCCUGUCAUUGACCAAUCAGCCGCUUCCCCUAAUGACUAACAUGCUUUCAGCCAGUACCACGCUUGAACCUCGGAAGUGCAAGUUUAACCCCUGAGAGUAAGACAUGCAAACUGAGAACUUCCUUUACCCUGGUGUUGCACUUGAUAAGACGGUUUAUGAUGAGAAUGCACGUUUGCUGUGACUUAAAUAUGUAUCAUUAUUCAGUCUCCGCAUCCUGGGGGUAAGAGAUUACAGCACCCAAGUGGCCUCCAUAGAGCGCUCAGAUUCACGUCUAACUGCCCCCUAGUGGAGGUAAAAAAAAAAAUACUACAUUCGUUCUAUUUGUUGUGUUUCAUACAUCCACUGGGGGGCACUGUUGCCAGCACACCCCCUAGUAAUCUGUGAAGCAGUUAUAUUGGGAGAACAGCAAAUAUUGGGAAUGCAAUUACAUGAUGUGGUUAAUUAAUUUCUCUCGGACCGCAUGAUCUUACAGAUCUUUGUGAUAUCACAUAAAAGGACUGCUUGCAUUUUUGUGCUUGAAACUGUAGCCUAAUAUUUAUUUGAUUGUAUUUGUGAUUGUUCAAUAAAACUGAUUUGCCCUACGUAUUUGUAAUACUGCCAAACACAGUUAUGAUGCUCCUGUUAAUAUCACCCUCAACUUAUAAUGACCACGCUGAAAUAUUCUGGCUAGAAUAUAAUGGAUGGAGACAAGCUCCUGGUAAUAUUCAUAAGACUCACAACUGAUUUCCACCCUGCAUAGUGUAUACAGCAUAAGAUUAGCAGGUUUACAUGAACUGGAGGUAUUGAAAUGUUCCUUCCUUUCAAAAACAAGACCACCUCAGAAAAUAAUGCUGUAAAUCUUGCUUCAUAUAUAUUGCAGGUUUCACAUUUUCCAAUAUGAAAAACGCACACGCGAUGGUAAAUUUGAAUUUGUUUUUUAAUGAUAAUUUUUUUUUUUUUAAGCCGUUAGUGAAGAUUAAUUAUCGAGUGCUCCUUUAAGGUUACACUUUUUCGGUCAGCUUUGUAAGUUUGCAUGAAGGAACUAAGUUGACAUUGAAAACAAGUCAGUCAUAAGAAAUGUGCUCAAAUGUGCAGUGAAAAGGAGCUCCCAGCCGGCAGUGCAGGGGUUAACUCCGCUGUGCUGUGUCGGAUUCCCUGAACAUGAGUUCACUGUGAACUCUGUCUUGUUUCCUGUGAACCAGCACUAAUUUUAUUUUCUAUGGCCCCACACCGUGCAAAUUGGCAUCUGUGCUAAACAUCUCCCAGCGUUGUCCUCCCCCUUCCUCUCUCCCUCUCCCACCCUCCACACCGUACCCAGCCAGACAUCCUCAACUGCCUCCCAUUCUCACCCAGCUAGGCACCCUGAACUCCAUCCCUCCCCCACCCAACACACAGCACCAAGCCAGACAGCUUGACCUCUCUCCCACUCCCACACACCACACAUCACCCCAGCCAGACACCCUGAACUCCCUCCCCUCCCCACUGAACAGAAACAAUCAAGGAUACUGGGCCCUAACUAAAAAAUUCCAUAAAUCAUAGUCAUUUUGCGCUUCCAUUAGCUAUGUAGGUUUCAAAGUGUAGUUUUGAAAGAAACACAUGGAUUUUCAUUUCAAAACAUGAUAUGUGAUGUGGUACUGUUUUAGGCUAAAGGAAUGUCUCAGUUUCCGUGCCUUAUUCUCAGGUUUUCUGUUUGCAGUUCUUGGGUUGUUUCACCUCAGCAGUGUAUUCUGGGUCACUUGCUGUUAGCUACAUCCCAUAAAAGAAAAUGUACACAGUAAAACCCUUCAUUCAGUAACCCUCUCUCUGUAUAAAGAGGUACCUGCUUCCCUCUUUCCACUUUCCAACCGCCUCCUCUGGUCCUGGUUUCUAUACGAGGCUUCAGAUUGACUGUGUUAAAUUCUUUUACGUUUUUAAGUACUUCAGCCGUGUCCCCUAGUUUGUUCUUGGCUAAAUAAAUUCAGAUCUUUCAGUCCCUGCUCCUUCCUUUAAUCCCUGGGGUUGGUCUUUUGAUGUUAUAUUCAAGUAUUGUAUUUGCCUUUUUAAUUGCUUCCCCGCACUGGGUGUCUGCAACUAAAAACGACCCUAGGGAACGUAAACAAACUGGGAAGCCAGCAAUGUCUGAAGCAGGUUGAAUCCCCCAGAAAUUCUAUUCAAAAUGAACAUGAUUACUGGCAGCUGUCACUGGAACUAGGGUUAGAAGUAGAAAAUGUAGGGGACAAGGCUGACACCUACUGGUACAAAGAUGAAUGUUUAUUUUUUGUUUGUUUCUUCAUUAUUUGUGUACAGUGAGAGAGGGUGUUCCCUCCAAUCCAAGACAGGUUUGAGGUAUAGAGACUGAACCGCUCCCUCCCUCCCUAAGAGAAAAGGUGAACAGUUCAGUCUAGGGCAGUAUGGUUUUAUCAUUUAUUUCACAAGAAUAAAAAAAAAUAAAAAAUACUUAAUACAAAUUUGUUAACAUACAGUAUAUUAGUGGAAUAGACAUUUUUCUUUAGAUCAAAGGAAGUUGAUAGUUUUCAGAACAGUGUACAUACAAUAUUGCCAUUUCUUGCGCUGGCAUUGCGUGCUGUCCUGUACACAGGGCAAUGCUUGCAUGACAGCAAUCCAAUCCCGGUACAGUUUAAAAUAGAUAUACCAUGGGGGCCCUAUUUUGAGUGCACUGUGGAGCUCUCUAGUCGUAUAGGGAAUUCUGAGUAGCUCUUAUUAAAACUACUCCAAUAAAACUUUUUAUAUCA